CCCACCCACGCUGCCGCGGCUCUCCUGGCCGUUGUCCUCGCGCUGGCGUCCGGCACGGCGUCGCAGGCGCCGGCGGCGCUGGCGUGGGACUGUGGUUCCGCGCUGACGGGCCUCACUGGCUGCCUCCCCUACAUCUCGCCGGGGUCCACGCAGGGCAAGCCGCCCAAGGAGUGCUGCACCAGCGUCAAGACCGCGCUCGCCAUCCCGGCCAGCGUCGCCUGCCUCUGCGACGCCUUCGGCAAGGACUACGGCAUCCCCAUGAACCUCACCCGCGCCAAGGGCCUCCCCACCGCCUGCGGCGGCAACCCGGCUGCCCUCAACAACGUGAGCCAUCCGUGUCCGACUCCCUCUUCCUUGCAAUCGGAAAAAGAGAUAGCACAGCUCCUGUUGGCGUGUGGCCCACCCUCUAUCCACCGUUUCUCCUGUUGUGAGCCGCUAUUGUUACUUUCCGCUGGACAAUUGGUUCAGGAGCUGCUUAUUAUUCAAGUGCUUUUCGGCCUUCCAUAGGCCGACGGGGUCAUAUAUUUUUGAACUAUGAUUGUUUUGUCGUUAUGAGGGUUUGGUGUUUGACGACCUCCCCGUGCGUUCAUGCUAACGAGACAUUGCAAAUGAUCUUUAAUUUGGUGCAACAUAACUCCCGACAAGCAUCGACGUCUGCCAUUGGCACGAGCAAGAACCCUGAUCCUCCUCCAUCAGCCACUACCACGAGCAAGAACCUUGAUCCUUCACCUACGGGUUGAUG